CAUGAUCUCAUAACUGACGUAAUUCAGCAUCUACAGGAUAACCCGAACCCGCCUGAGUCCUCCGGGAUCAAAUGGGUUAAUAAUUCAAUAACAAGAAACAAAUCGUGGACAUUUGAUGAAUUAUUAGUUUUGAGAAUAAACAAACAAAAAUGAAAACAUAAUUGCAAAGAAAAAAUACUUUGAAAGUUUGACUUCAGACGGGGCCUCAGGCUGUCGGUGCUCUCACACAACCUGAUAUUAAAGAAUAAUAAAGUUGUUGUUUUCUAAAGGAAACCACUGCAGCUUCUUCUGUUUUUCAUUUUUUAUUUUCCUUUUUGCAGUUUUGGAUAAACACUUAUUUAAAAACAAAAACUCAGCAGCUCGUAGGUGCACGUUGCAAACUUCUGUUUAUCAAGUUUAUUUUUGUGUUAUUAAGUUUUUUUAUCUAUUGGAUAAUGUAAUAAAAACAGACAACAACAACUCUGCAGCUGCUUCAUUUAUUUACAACAUAAAGUGAACUGGUGCAAUGAGCUUCAGAGUCAAUCUGUGGUUUAAAACUAGUUCUUGGUUAAUCUAACUAUUAAACAGGUAAAUGUCGCCCCCUGCUGACUGACUGAGGCAUAGCACUGAACCGUUUGAUGUAAUCAAAUAAGAUUAUUAAAUAAAUUACUGAUCUUAUUUAUUAUCAUGAAUAUUCAAUCUGAACAAUCUGCACGUUAAACAUGCAGGUAGAGGUCGCUGUCUUCAACAUAAACUUUGAGUCUUAACAGUUUGAGUCUUUACAGCUUUACUUGAUUCUUUGCAGUUGCAGGUAGAGGUCGCUAUCUUCAACAUGAACUCUGAGUCUUUGUAGCUUGAAUUGAGUCUUUGCAGCUGCAGGUUAAACGUGCAGUGGCCGGUAGAGGUCACUGUUCCCACAGCUGUAUUCCGCGGACACGAGAGAACAAAGGGAGCGCGUGCACAUGUCCCCGGACACGACCCCUCCGAAUCUCGCUCUCUCAUUGGUUAUGACCGUCAAGCACCCCGACCUAUCGCGUGUACUGACACUGAGCGGUGCUAACGUCGUCUCCUCUGAUUGGCCCGGAGGUUUGGCGCCUCGCAGCAGCCGCGGUGACGGACGCGGAGCGGUUUGAACCUCGGCAGCGCGGAGGCGGAAGCAGCGGAACCGUGUGAAGAGGUCUCUGUCCGGGAGAACCGAGCCGAGAAUCUGCUCCAGGACCGCGGCAGCACCAGAGCUGGACUCGGGCCUGAGGCGGAGGCACGGCGGCUCCUUCUAUAGCCGUCUCUGGGUGCGGUGAAGCCGGCGUCGCGCAACGCGAGUCGCUCCCUCCUCCCGGUGCUAACUGCUAACUAGCCAGGGAGCUAACGUAGCAGCUAACCCCGGACACAAAGGACGACUUCCCCGUGUUCGGCCUUUCGCUCCCCGGCAGCCCCGCUGAAUGAGCCCCGGUUGUCCGGUGCGGCUUCAUCAUGGUGCUCACAGGGAAGCGCUCGGAGAAAGGUCCGGCCUGCUGGAAGAGGAGAGUGAAGUCUGAGUACAUGAGGCUGCGGCAGCUCAAACGCUUCAGACGGGCCGACGAGGUCAAGAGCAUGUUCAGCUCCAAUCGUCAGAAGAUCGUGAAGCGAACGGACAUCCUGAACCAGGAGUGGAGGACCCGGCGGAUCCAGCCGGUUCACAUCAUGACGUCCGUCAGCUCCCUGCGAGGAACCCGAGAGUGCACGGUGGACAGCGGCUUCUCCGAGUUCCCCCGGCAGGUCAUCCCCCUGAAGACGCUCAACGCCGUGGCCUCGGUGCCGGUCAUGUACUCCUGGUCCCCGCUGCAGCAGAACUUCAUGGUGGAGGAUGAGACGGUUCUGCACAACAUCCCGUACAUGGGAGACGAGAUCCUGGACCAGGACGGGACCUUCAUAGAGGAGCUCAUCAAGAACUAUGACGGCAAAGUCCACGGAGACAGAGAGUGCGGCUUCAUCAACGACGAGAUCUUCGUGGAACUGGUCGGCGCUCUGUCCCAGUACAGCGACAACGAGGAUGACGAUGAAGAGGAAGAACCGGACUUCAAGGUCGAGAAGAUGGAGCUGUGUGACAGCAAGGAGCCCCCCCCAGAAGACCCCUGCAAGGAAGGGCUCCUGAACAGUGAGAGCCGAACCAGCAGCGACAGCUCCAAGAAGUUUCCAUCGGACAAGAUCUUUGAAGCCAUCUCCUCCAUGUUCCCCGACAAGGGCUCCACUGAGGAGCUCAAAGAGAAGUACAAGGAGCUGACGGAGCAGCAGCUGCCCGGGGCUCUGCCUCCUGAGUGCACCCCGAACAUCGACGGGCCUCACGCCCGCUCGGUGCAGCGGGAGCAGAGUCUUCACUCGUUCCACACGCUGUUCUGCCGCCGCUGCUUCAAAUACGACUGCUUCCUCCACCCUUUCCACGCAACUCCAAACACGUACAAACGCAAGAACCUGGAGAACCUGGUGGAGAGCAAACCCUGUGGCAUCGACUGCUACAUGUUCCUGGUGCAGGACGGGAUGGUGAGGGAGUACCCGGAGGGCGUGGUGGCCGAACGAGUCAAGACUCCCUCCAAGCGCCCGGUGGGCCGGCGCCGAGGACGACUGCCCACCAGCCGGCCCAGUACUCCCACCGUGUCCUCGGAGACCAAAGACACCGACAGCGACCAAGAGGGAAGCAAAGAGGACGAGAGGGACGACAAAGAGGACGAGGACAAGAAGGACGAGAACACCAGCAGCUCAGAGGGGAACUCGCGCUGCCAGACUCCGGUGAAGAUGAAGCUGACGGAGGAGGCGGAGGCGGUGGAGUGGAGCGGAGCUGAAGCUUCUCUCUUCAGGGUUCUGAUCGGGACGUACUACGACAACUACUGCGCCAUCGCUCGGCUCGUCGGAACCAAGACCUGCCGACAGGUCUAUGAAUUCAGGGUCAAGGAGUCGAGCAUCAUCGCUCGGGCUCCAGCCGAAGACGAGGACACGCCCCCGAGGAAGAAGAAGAGGAAGCACCGACUGUGGGCCACUCACUGCAGGAAGAUCCAGCUGAAGAAAGACGGUUCGUCCAAUCACGUGUACAACUACCAGCCGUGUGACCACCCCCGCCAGCCCUGCGACUCGUCCUGUCCCUGCGUCACCGCUCAGAACUUCUGUGAGAAGUUCUGCCAGUGCAGCUCGGAGUGUCAGAACAGAUUCCCGGGUUGCCGGUGCAAAGCCCAGUGCAACACCAAGCAGUGCCCCUGCUACCUGGCGGUGAGGGAGUGUGACCCCGACCUCUGCCUGACCUGCGGCGCCGCCGACCACUGGGACAGCAAGAACGUGUCCUGCAAGAACUGCUCCAUCCAGAGAGGAGCCAAGAAGCACCUGCUGCUCGCCCCCUCAGAUGUGGCCGGUUGGGGGAUCUUCAUCAAAGAGUCGGUCCAGAAGAACGAGUUCAUCUCAGAGUACUGUGGAGAGAUUAUCUCUCAGGACGAGGCCGACCGCAGAGGAAAGGUCUACGACAAGUACAUGUGCAGCUUCCUCUUCAACCUCAACAACGAUUUUGUUGUUGACGCCACGAGAAAAGGAAACAAGAUCCGCUUCGCCAACCACUCUGUGAAUCCCAACUGCUAUGCAAAAGUGAUGAUGGUGAACGGAGAUCACAGGAUCGGGAUCUUCGCCAAGCGAGCGAUCCAGACCGGAGAGGAGCUCUUCUUCGACUACAGGUACAGUCAGGCGGACGCUCUGAAGUACGUGGGGAUCGAGCGGGAGCUGGAGAUCGCCUGAGCCCGACUCCUCCCUCCUGUGGAUCAGUGACACAACGGCCUUACACACAAACACACACAGACACACUCACUUCAGGAAAUCCAGACCACUCGUCAACAACGCUAGGAAGCUUCAGGAAAUCUGGGAAUAUUGUUUUUAUACCUUUUCAUAUCCACUUUUCUUUUUUCUGCUGUCACCAAAUCCUCCUUUUCUAUGGGGGGGGGGGCAUCAUGUGUUUGCCUCCUCAGCUGGAAGUGACAUCACCCACGAACUGAACGUUUCUUUUUAAACAAACACUCGACUGUCGGUGAAGCUGGUUUCACUUCAAGCUUCAGCCGCCGCUCUGUCGGUGCCUCGUUCUUCUUCAUGACCGCUCUGUGGAACAUCAGCUGCUGCUCCAGGUGCUAACGUCAACAAACAGGAAACCCCUGACGCUUUGGUUCCUGCUCCAGAAGGUCUCACUUCCUGUCUCCGCUGUGCUCGACUCUUCCUCAGCUCCUGGUUUCUGCCUCGUCUUCACGUUGCUUCAGCUUCUUGUUCAAAGUCACUCGAUGAAACUCAGGAGCAGUUUUCGAUCUGCUUGGUUUUGGGAAAGUCUGGAUUCAGGUUGUUCCUCAGUUUAAAAGUGAACACGUCGAUAUUUGUGAACUUCAAACUAUUUAUCAUCACUUCAAUGUUUUUUUUUCUGUUUAAUCUUGUGAUGCUUUCAAAUGUCGUGUUUAACGAAUCUGAGGAGCUUCAAUUAAAAAUGGAUGUAAAUCUAAAAAUCUUGAAGUUAUUAAAGUUUGAGGAACUGGAGAUAAUUUUCUAAAGUAAAUGUUAAGAGAUGAAAUUCAGACUUGAUUAACUGGUGAGGUCGAGUUUGGGAGCUCGUCCUGCUGAGCCUCGUCACUCCAUGUUUGUCGAUCGAGGUUCCUCACGAUACUGUGACGUCUCCUCAGUAGAAUUUAAUCCUCUUGGUUUUCGGAGCUCUCCUCUUGUUAAUAAAUCUUUUACUGACGUGCCGACCAACACUCCCUCUGGUGCUCGCUCCUGACGUCCACUUGAGGCAGAACCAGCCGCUCUUCUCUUGACCACCUGUCACCGGUGCUUCAUCCUGAAAUGACUCCAGGUCGGGAAGAGAUUCUUUUAGUCAUUGUGACGUUUCCUGAACCUUCGAGUUUCUCACAGAUGUGCAGUAAAUCAGAAGUUCCCACGUUUUCUUUUUGAUCGUUGAGCUGAAGAGGAAACCAGUCGUGACUCUGAACUCUUUAGCUUCUCUUUUUCCUCUCGUCAGACCAGGACCACUUUUUUUCCUCCGAACACAGGUGCUGAUUUUUGUAAUGUUUACAGGGAUUCUUCUUGUUGAAGAUGAUGCAGAUAAAAAUAUUAUAAAUG